UACUGAAACUCCUCAAAUAAGAAAUAUUAGUAAUAAAACAUCGCCAGUAUGGGAUUUCAUGCAUAAGGAAAGAAAUCCUUCAAGCGGAAUAACUAUCAUAGUAUGUGAUAAUGAUAGUAAAUCUGCCAAAAAGCCAUAUGGUGCAGAAGAUUUCCAACGUAUCGAGGAGUGUACUAAUUCUAUAGUAGAUUAUAUUAUUGAAGAUGUGAUGUCUCGGUUUGAAGUUCAAAAAAUGAUUGUUGCGGGUGAGCUUAAUGAACUUAAUGUAAAAAUUGCACUCACUACUGAUAUUUGGACUUCGCACUCGAAUCAAUUAUACCUUG